UGGAAAACUGCCUCCCCGAACACUCCCAUCCCUAGCUGCAUCCAUGACCUCCUUCACCCCCCUGAGACGAGCCCGGGCUUAUGGACGUCGCCGGAGUCCGAAGAGGAAGUAGUGGUUCCCGGAGUCACCUCCAUUUACCACAACGCCGCCAACGCAGCGCAACUCCGCGAAAUGUCCUCUCGGUCUCUGUUCUUCCUUGAGAAGGACCUGUUUCCAGGAGUCACCUUUGACUUGCAAUUCAAGCGAUCCAUUCCCAAACACGCUGACCUCCUCCCUCGCCGCGUGGCCGACGUCCUCCCCUUCUCCUCCAACAAGCUCCCCGACAUUCUCGUGCUUCUCUCCAUCGACCCUAACUCGAAGGAAGCCCGGGAGAUGAGUGCGACCCUGGAACGGUGCGAGGGCACUGCGAAUGCAAGGGAGACGAAGCACUGCGCCACCUCCAUCGAGUCCAUGGUCGACUUCGCCCUCUCGGCUCUGGCCACCGACUGUGUCAACGCCGUGUCGACAGUCGCGAACGCCACAGUAGCGGCGGAAAUGCAGCGGUACGCCGUGGAGAGCUUCGAAAGGAUGCGCGGGGAGGGGCUGGGCGUGUUCUGCCAUGCAGAGCCGUACGCGUACGUUGUGUUUCACUGCCACGCGGUGGGGAAGGGGAUGAUGAGGGAGUACGCGGGAAAAUUUUUAAAAUAG